UUCUCGACCUUAUCCCAGGAAAAAAGAAGUAGUAGUCAGCAAGAAACCUUCGUCGUCGUCUUCACAUGGACAUGGACAGCCCCCGGUCAAGGUCCCCCUUGUCAAAGAAGAAGCCGCCGCCGCCGCCGCCGCAGAACAGCCUCAGUGCCCUCCGCCCUCGCCGCUCGUCCGUCCGCCGAGGCGAUGGUGCCUUGGGCGACGAGGCCGGUGCCGACAUCGGCGACGCCAGGGCCAGGCAAGCCGUGGAUCCAGAGGAGGAGGAGGUGUUGGCCGCCAACGCUGAUGUUGUUGAUGUAGCCAAGCUGGAGGAAGCUGCAACCGAGGCAACGCGCCGGGCGCGCCAGCAUCGCCAGAUCACCAUUGAGGAUAUACCGAGGUUUUGCAUCGAACUAGGUGUUACCAACGCGUCUUUCCACCGCAUGAUGAUGAAGCGUCGCCGAAGGAUGUUAGACAUAUGUUCGCUCAAGCUCUGGGGCCAUCCAGUCACACCGCCCAUUGUUGAUGGCCGAGACACAUUCCACAUUGUUGAAAUACUCAGUGGCAAAGAUUCCGUGGAGAUUUUGUUUAGAGAAUCAGACUUGUAUUUUGUAGGUUUCCGUCCACGACCUGCAGGUCAUAAUGAUGAUCCCAGAUUCUAUCUGUUCAACGAUGUGGUGACCCCAAAGUGGCCGGAGUGGCUUCCAUACCAUACCCUUUCAUACGACUCAGGGUACGGUUCAAUUGUUGCCGGUAUAACUGUGGGGCGUCACUGUUUUCCUAGCAUAUUUACCAAAUUGCUGGAUUUCAACCCAGAAAAUUAUAAGACUAAAAAUAAAGAGAGAAAAGAUGCAUUUCAUUGGACAAUGAUCAUGCUGUCCGAGACCCUGCGAAUUAGGCCUGUGCAACAAAUGGUGGAAAGGACAUUGGACACUGGUACUGUUGAGCAAAUAGGGAAGUCAUUAGAUAAGAAAAUCCACAACUGGGCUAGGAAUAGCCGCGAUGCCUUUGCUGAUGUUUCAAGCAACGACAUAAACUGGGAGCUCAUAGGAUGUGACGGGGACCUUCUUACGCUCAAGUUCAGUGAGGAAGAAGCACUGCCAGUCAUUAUUGUGCAGCAGAACAAAGUGGAAGAUGCAGCGGCUGUGGCGCUCACUGACAUCAGCAGUCUCAUCAAGAUUCACUUCACUGCAAAUUGCCAGCAGCUCCCCAAAUUCCACAGUUACCUUAUCUUUCUACUCGCCAGUGAAAAGGGAAUAUCUGUUAAAGUAAAGCAAGCUGUUGGUCUACUGCUAAAAUCACUCCUGCUAAUAACAGAAGCUACAGGCAAGAUAUGUGAGGAUUUCCCUGAAGAUUUUCGUGAUGAUGCUGAUUUGUCUGAGCUACCAAUACAGCAAAGGCUGCUGCAGCUUUUCAAGUAUCCAUAUGUGAUCCUUAGAAAACUAGCAGAUGUUAAAAACCCGGAUGUGCUGUCUCACAUGUGCAAAGCCUUUGCCGGUUUGAAGGACAUCCGAAGUGAAGGCCUGCCAAGUAAGGUGUGCCAUGUGUUGAAUGAUCUGAAGCAGCUUGGGGGGAUGAUUUCUGGAGCCGAUGCAUUUCCACCCUAGACUAGACCCAUCUGAAGUGCACAGAUUAGCGAGUCUAAUGGUGUAGACCAACUUGUAAUGUUGUAAUGAUAGUACAACAACGGAUUCCUCGUUGCAACGGCAUGACUGUAAUUCUCUAGUAAAUAGAUAGGGGAAGAGCAUUUAUUGAGCAAGCGGAGCUGGAGAACAGGAACAUUAUAUCCGUGGCCUCUUUCAGGGGUCAAAUUUUGGGCACGCUUAACAUGCACCGUAGGUGCAUUCCAAAGGGAAAACCAAAACUGUGUGCUUUCAUGUUACCGAUAGGAACACCAAUCAUUCUGUUGUUUCUCUCUCUGUUUAAGGUUCUAGAUAUUGUACCCAAAGAAAAUCUGUGUUUCAGGUGUCAGUUUGUUUUUCAAUCUAUAUAAGUGGCCUAGAAAGCCUUUGUUGUGUA